AUGCUUGUGUGGAACCGACGAGGGCUUUCGUGCUUGCGUCCGCACUCGCCACGUUGGCCAUCAGGUUCUACGACUCCAGUGAGACUGAGUCCCCGGGUUUUCAAUUUCACAAAUACCGUAUCGCACCAGACAUCAGAACAGAAAAAAAUAAAUAAACUUUCAGAUACAAAACAUGUGUUCGGAAAUGUUUCGCCUCUUGGAACUGGUAAUCAUUCCAUUCGGAGAGAUCCACUAGUCCUCAGUGACAAGACAAAUUUUCAGCAGCGGCAAGCAGAUUGGGCAAUAAUCAAAGAAAUGGCCCAAUACUUAUGGCCCACUGACAGUAUCGGUACUCGGUUUAGAGUGAGCCUAGCACUGGCACUGCUGGUUGGAUCGAAGAUUUUGAACGUACAAGUACCUUUCUACUUCAAGAGUAUUGUUGACGCGAUGAACGUGGACUUUUCUGCUCUUGGAGGCACAGCAACAACAGUUGCAGGCUCAAUGAUUCUAGCAUAUGGAGUUACGAGGAUAGGAGCUACAGUAUUUCAGGAAAUUCGGAAUGCUAUUUUCGCAACUGUUGCGCAGAAAGCCAUCCGACGAGUUGCUUGUAAUGUGUUUGACCACUUGCUAAGGUUAGACUUAAAUUUUCACCAUACUAAACAAACUGGUGGACUAACACGAGCCAUUGACCGAGGAACAAAAGGCAUUAGUUUUCUGCUAACUUCGAUGGUGUUCCACUUAAUCCCCACUGCCCUCGAAAUUAGCAUGGUUUGUGGAAUAUUAACCUAUCAGUUUGGUCUAAAGUUUGCCGCUAUCACCACCUUAACUAUGUUUGGGUAUUCAGCUUUCACCAUUUGGACGACAGCGUGGAGAACUAAAUUCCGCAGAGCGGCCAACAUAGCUGACAAUAAAGGUUCCACAGUAGCUGUAGACUCUCUCAUCAACUAUGAAGCUGUCAAAUAUUUUAAUAAUGAGAGGUUCGAAGUAGCAAGAUACGAUCAAACCUUGAAAGAAUAUGAGAAGUCAUCAAUAAAAGUUGCAACUUCACUUGCUCUCUUAAACUCUGGACAGAGCAUUAUAUUCUCCACCGCUUUGACAGCAAUGAUGUUUCUAGCCGCGGAUGGUGUUGCUAGUGGAGGAUUAACAGUUGGCGAUCUUGUAAUGGUAAACCAACUGGUCUUUCAGCUAUCACUUCCAUUGAAUUUUCUAGGCUCAGUGUACCGGGAACUUCGUCAGUCGCUCCUCGACAUGGAAACACUGUUCAACCUCCAAAAAGUUAACAUAACAAUUCGUGAUCCUCCAAAUGCAAAUGAACUAAAGCUGACAAGGGGGGGCGAAAUAAAAUUUGAGAAUGUUACAUUUGGCUAUCACGCAGAUCGUCCUAUUUUAAAAAAUUUGAGUCUUACUAUUCCUGCAGGGAAGAAAAUUGCUAUUGUUGGAGCUAGUGGGUGUGGCAAGUCUACUAUUUUGAGGCUUCUUUUCCGACUAUACGACGUCCAAGAAGGGAGAAUUCUUGUAGAUAAUCAGGAUAUCCGAGAGGUAAGCUUGGAUUCCUUGAGAAAAUCUAUCGGAAUGGUGCCCCAAGAUACCCCGUUAUUUAACGACUCUGUUGAAUACAAUAUAAGGUAUGGAGAUAUAAAUGCGUCCCAAAAGCAAGUAGUAGCUGCCGCAAAACAUGCUAAAAUCCAUGAAAUAAUAUCAAAAUUUCCCGAUAGAUACGAAACUAUGGUAGGAGAACGAGGAAUGAUGAUUUCAGGUGGUGAGAAGCAACGGCUUGCUAUCGCCAGAAUUAUUCUCAAAGAUGCUCCCUUACUUUUUUUCGAUGAAGCUACUUCAGCAUUGGAUACACACACAGAACUUUCUCUCAUUCAGAACAUUAAUAGUAUUUUGCGUGAAAAGUCACGAACUAGUAUUUUUGUUGCACAUAGAUUACGAACAAUCUACGAUAGUGAUGUUAUAAUAGUGUUGCAUGAGGGAAGAUUAGCUGAGAGCGGCUCACAUCAAGAAUUACUCAAGAUGAAAGGAAUAUAUUCGAGGCUUUGGAAUGGUGAGUUUUAG